GGCUACUUCAAGCUCAACAGCGGCAAAACAGUUGAACUGAUGAAGUGAAAUUCCAAAUAUACAUAGAAAGUGAUAGCUAGUUAACUAGUUAUAUUGGAAAUUCUGUAUCGUCUGUUGCUUGCUUUCGGACGACGUCGUCCCAUGCGACCAUUCAGUUUGAUCUCCAGUAUAGCUAACUGUUUAUCGCAUUUAGAACAAGCUGGCUAGUUAGUUACCUACUUUGUUGGCUAAAUUGGCGAGUUUGUACUGAAACGUUAGCUACCUCGGCUAGCGCUGCGCUAGCCAUUGUCCUGUCUAGAAUGUGUCCUGACCUAACAUUACGUUCUCUACACAUUAUUGAUAAUGGCGGAUGGAGAACUUUGUCUGAUUGAUAAGAACAUAAAAAGUCUAUUUGAAGUCCCGUUGAGUGUUAAUGUGAGAUCGCUGAAUCUUCAUUGUAAUCGCAUAUCAAAGAUUGAGGGACUAACCACAACAUGGCAACUUCGACACUUGGAUCUGUCGUCGAAUCAGAUCUCUCGCAUCGAGGGGCUGGACUCGCUUUCGUCUCUGCGUACCCUCAAUUUGUCCUGUAAUUUAAUAACCAAGAUUGAAGGGCUUACUGGUCUUGUGAACCUGAUAAGACUGAACCUGUCUUAUAAUCAAAUAAGUGACCUAACUGGCUUGUUGUACCUCCAUGGACAGGAGUACAAACUAAAACAUCUUAAUCUGCAAAGCAACUGCUUGAACAACAUAAACCAGCUGCUGCAAUGCAUGAUGGGAUUGAGGAGUUUGAGUGAUGUCACUCUGAGCAUGGAGGGAAGCAGUAAUCCAGUUUGUUCUACUCCCGGGUACAGGGAGAUGGUGCUUCAGUCCCUACCCCAGGUGACGGCCCUGGAUGGCCUGGACCGCCAGGGGAACCCUGUUCCUCUCAUGGACGUCUGCCCCGUAGAUAUUCCCGGGAUGGAGGACUUUGUGGAGUUUCUGCUGUCCUCAGACGCUAGCGUCAGUGCUGAAAAGCCCAACUCGGACACCCCUCUCACCACUCCGCGUAUAGACGAGGUUCUGGCCCAGUUUCGGGAGCGGCUCGGGGGCAGGGCUGUGGCCCCAGCUGGAAACCCACUGACGGACCCAGAGGGGGCGGGCAGCGAGCUGCAAAACCAGCAGCGGAUUCAGAACCUGGAGCGCCAAGUGUCCCAGCUUUUCACACAGGCUCCCGGUAGCUCCACCCCCAACCCCGCCCAUGUGCGGAAGGCGAAGCGGGACAUUGAUCACACGUCGGAGAGCGAGGCGGACAGCGGGAAGGACAACCGCCGCGGCGGCCGACGGUCGAGGUUACCCACCCGCAGGGUUGUCAUGGAAACCACUGGGAGACGAUCCAUGAAAGACGGCAAGGCCAGGAGAUCAGACAGUGAUCUAGAGACAACCACCACAGGGGAGACCACCAGGAAGGCACCCAGCCCUCGGAGGAAAACUGUCUCUCGGGGCCCGAUUCAGCGUGUGGAGCCGGGGGCCUCGACCAGGAAGGGACUGAAAACAAGCACAAGGGCCCCUGGCCUUAAGGCCACCAGUCCGAUUGAAGAGGAAACGUACAGGGCCCUUGUUGAGGAGCGGGACCAGGAGCGGGAGAGGAGGUGGAAGGCAGAGCAGGCGGUGAAGCAGCUGACUGAGCAGCUGAACCUCCUCCAGACCAGAGCCGGGGAGGAGAAGGACAUCCAGAACCUGGCACUCCACACCACGGACCGGCUGAAGGCUCUCCUGCUGAAGGAGCGGGCGGAGCGUGGGGAGCUCCAGCAGAGGGAGCGCUGUGCGCAGGAGGAGCUGAAACAGGCCCGCAGCCGGGAGGACCAACAGCAGAGGGCGCUGCGCAGCCUGGAGGACAGCGUGUCCCGGGGGCAGGCACAGAGGGCCCGGGAGCAGGCUGAGGAGAUGAAGAGGACCCAGGAGCUGGAGAACAAGGCGGUGGCGCUGAAGAGGGAGGUGGACAUCCUCAGGGCUUCGGUUCGGCAGUACAAGGACAAACUGCAGCAGCUGCACGAGCUGCUGGCCUCCCGGGAGCAAGUGCACAGGAAGGAGCUGGAGUCGCGGCUGGUCCCCGGGGGGUCUGAGUUUCGGGAGGUGCUGUCGCGGGAGGUGGCGGUCGUGGUGGAGAGGCACGCCCAGCAGCGGGCGGAGCUGGAGGAGAAGAUGGCCGCCGCCAAGAAGCAGUACGGCUCUCUGGAGGACGAGUUCCGCCUGGCGCUCACCAUCGAGGCCUCGCGGUUCUCUGAGCUGAAGGAGGGCUUUGACCAGCUGAGCGCGGCGUUAACGGAGCAGCAGGCCGCCCUGGCCUCCUGUCAGCAGAGGGACAAGCGCUCGGCAGCGCUGGUGCAGGACCUCACCUCCAUGGUGAAGGAGCAGAAGAGCCGCAUCGCCGAGCUCAUGAGGGCCAAGAAGGAGGCCGUCUCCGAGCUCAGGGCCCGGCUGCGCUCGCUGGAGGGGAACGCCGAAGAGGACAAGAGACGGAGCGUCCAGCUGGAGCUGCUGAAGCAGGACAAGUCCAAGCUGCUGUCCCAGCUCACCGCCCAGGAGUCUGUCCUGCAGGGCCUGCGCUCGGAGCGCCGGAUCUGGGGCCAGGAGCUGGCCCAGCAGGGGGCGUCUCUGGCCCAGGACAGGGGGCGGCUGGAGGCCAAAAUCGAGGUCCUGGCCACUGAACUGGAGACCCAGAAGAAGCAGAACGAGCGGGACAAUGAUGCACUCAAGAUCAAGGCCAAGAUCUUGGAUGACCAGACAGAGACCAUCCGCAAGCUGAAGCAGGGCCUCCUGGACAGGGACGAGCAGAUCCGCAGGCUGAGGGAGGAGAGCCUGCAGGCGGAGAAGAGGUUCCAGGAGCAGCUGGAGGAGGAGGCGGGGCCAAUGCGGGAGCUGAGCGAGAGGGUGGAGCUUCUGACCCACAGGAAGGAGGAGCUAAAACAGCAACUGGAGGACAGGGAGCUGGAGCUGGAGGAAGUGAAGCGGGCUUACGGCUCCAUGAACUCUAAGUGGCAGGCCAAAGCCGACCUGCUGACCCGCCUGGAGGAGCAGGUGAAGCGCAUGAAGGAUGGCUUUGACGCCAAAGAAAAGGCUCUUCUGCAGGAGAGGGACAGAGCCGUCCAGGCCCACAAAGCUGUUAUGGAGAAGCUGCGGAGUGUGGACGAUGCCUUCAGACGGCAGUUGGAGAGCAUACAGGCUACCCAUCAGGCCGAGCUCUUUCAUUUGGCCAAUGAGAAGCAGAAACAGAUAGAGCUGGCCAAUCGGAAGGUGUGCCAGGUGGAGGAGGAGAUGAGGCUCCUCCUGGAGGAGACGCAGUGCAGCAAGAGAGCCAUGGAGGAGAAGAUGGCGCGCCUCACCAGUGUGCUAAAGGACUUUUAAGGAGACUGUUUCUAUUUCCACCCCUUGGGGGUUCACAGACCGGAGUCAAUUAUCAUUAAAGAAGCAAUAAGACCGUCUGACUUUUGCAAAUAUUUACAAUUUGGUUAUAUUUAGUUUGACGAAAUCCUGUUUGUUUGUUUUUUAUGAUUUUGUUUCAUUUGAUUUAUACAUUUUUAUUUUUUUACAUUGCAUAAUGUUGUCAUUUUGUUAAAUUGUUUAUGAGAGUAUCCUUCUAACACCAAUACCCCCUUUCGAUCGCAGCUGUGAGGUCUGUCGGGCCUCUGUGCCUUUAUUUAUUACCAGUUUCCCCCAAAUUGUGCAAUUUAAUUUAUUUUUCAUAUGCAUGCAUUUGUUGGAAUAAAGUCACAAUUCCUCAG